CAACUUCCAACAAAAAGGAGUGACAUAGAUGGAAAUUCAGCCGUCAGAAGAUGGACUUUCGGACGAAAACACAAGAGUGCGAAGAUUAAAACGGUCCUUAUGGUUGGAGAAACUGGAGCUGGAAAAACAACUCUCAUCAACACCAUGGUCAACCACGUGUUACGGGUGAAAUGGGAGGACCAACUUUGGUUCCAGAUUACGGAGGAAAGCGAAAAGAAGUUGCUGACGGAAUCUCACACAAGUCACAUCACUGUGUAUGAGAUGGAGACAUCCUCUUCAUAUCUCAGAGUUAUUGAUACCCCGGGUUACGGAGAUACUACUUCAAAGAAGCUUGACGAGCAGGUUUCAAAGAACUUGCACAUACUGUUCAGCUCUGAAAAUGGUAUUCAUGAAAUCGAUGCAGUGGGUCUUGUGGUAAAAUCUACACAGAACCGCCUUACCGAAUUCCAGAAGUAUAUUUUUGAUGCCAUUCUCUCCCUGUUUGGUAAAGAUAUAGAAGAGAACAUAGUUGUGUUGAUCACACACUCAGAUGGUCUACCUGCUGAAAACGUCCUCACUGCCCUCAGAGAGGGUGAAGUGCCUUGUGCCAUGGAUGACAGCGAGACACCACGCCAUUUUCUGUUCAACAACCGACAAACUGAAAACCGUGAGGAAGAGGGCUUCAAGAGGCCCUAUGAUUUGGGACAACGCAGCAUGGAAAGCUUUUUCAGUUUUAUGGAGUGUGUUGAUGCAAAAGAGUUGAAGAUGACAGAAGGAGUGCUGAGAGAGCGCAAGAGGCUGGCGGCCUGUGUCCACAACCUACAGGAUGCCAUCAAGAUGGAGGAGCUGACACAGACAGAGCUCAUGCAGACUCAAAAAGCCUUGAAGGAAAACAAAAAGAAACCAACAAAAGACUUCACCUAUGAAGUUGAUGAGGCUUACAAAGCCAUGGUCCCAAUCGAGUCAUCCUGGUGGCAUUUAUCCAAGACAGCAACAUGCUGCACCGUCUGUAAGGAGAACUGUCACUAUCCAGGCUGCUGGUUUGCAAAAGACCUCUCCCUGUGUAGCGUCAUGAAAGACGGCCACUGCACUGUGUGCUCAAACAAGUGCCCUGUCUCCUCCCAUGUCAAGCAGAAGAUGAUCUACGUGCCUAAAACCAGAGGGGUUACAAGGGUCAUUGGGACCUUGGAGCGACAAUAUACAGAUUUAAAUGAGUGUAAGAAAGGAAUCGAAAAACAACUCAAGGAAUCAGUAAAUAAAAAGGCCGCUUUGUUGGAACAGGCAUAUCAGUGUAUUGUCAAACUGGAAGAGAUUGCAUUGAAGAGGAACUCCAACACUCUCCUUCAUCUUGACUUCCUCAUUGAGAAGAUGAAGGAAACUGGAGCCACUGAGAAAGUUGAGAAACUACAGGAGAUAAAUAAGAUUAUUCAAGCUCCAAAUAAAAGCACAUUGGCUCGCUUGGCAGAUGACUUAGUCCCUGAGAAUUUAACAGUAGACUCCGUGACAGCCACAUCAGCUAACAUUAGCUGGGGCCUCUCGCGUGAGACGGAGCAGCUGCCACACAGCUUCCUGAUCUCCUGCCAGAGUGAAGGGGCCGAGCCCAACAUCAUCUCCUCAGAGUGCCGCAGUGCAGCCAUCACAGGCCUGCAGCCAUACACACAGUACACAGUCUCUGUGUCCACUCAGCUGCCGCGCGGAAUAAAGAGCCAAGCUGCUGCCACUGCAGUCCACACAGAACUCCCUGUACCAGAGUCCCUAACUGCUGAGGCUGGUGAAACAUCUGUGUCCGUGACGUGGGUGAAGCCAGCAGGACCGGAUGAGCUCUCCUAUUCACUGACCCUCAGCAAAGAUGGGGAAGCUCUCGAGACCGUCUACACAAGAUCCCUCAGAUACAACCUCUCCAACCUACAGACAGACACAGAAUACACCAUAAGCGUCUGCACCACACUAAGCAAUGGAGAUCAGAGUGUGGCCGUCGUCCACACCACACACACAGGGAAUCUUCUAGCGUAUGGAAAAUCGGAGAGUGCCAAACCUGAUUGGAAUCAUCCCAUAUCACAACUAAUCAAGAAAUGUCAACCAACAAGAACAGGCUCACCAGCAUGUUACUUGCUUCCAACAGAGAAGAGUGACAUUGAUGGAAAUUCUGCUCUUCGCAGAUGGACUUUUGGAGAAAGAGACAGGACUGUACCAACUAAAACAGUCCUCUUGAUUGGAGAAACCGGCGCUGGGAAAACCAGGCUCAUCAACACCAUCAUCAACUACAUCCUGGGAGUGGAAUGGGAGGAUAGAGUCUGGUUUCAGAUCACACAAGAAAACAUCACAACUGACAUAACAGUGUAUGAAGUUUACAUGGAAACCAGCUCUUCAUGUCUGAGAGUUAUUGACACUCCGGGAUAUGGAGGUGCUGAUUGGACGGAACUUGACCAGAAGACAGCUGAGAACUUGCGAUUCUUGUUCAGAUGUGAGGAUGGAAUCCAUGACAUGGAUGCUGUGGGUCUUGUGGUGAAAUCUACACAGACUCUCACACAAUUCCAUCACUGCAUCUUUGAGCCCAUUCUCUCAGAGUUUGGUGAAGAUAUAGAGAAGAGGACCACAGUGUUCAUCACCCACUCUGAGGGAAUGCCUGCUACAAAUGUCCUAACGGCCCUCCGUGAAGCUGAGGUGCCUUGUGCCAAAGAUCCUGGUGGAAAACUCCUCCAUUUUCUGUUCAACAACCAACAACCUGAGUGCUAUGAAGACGAUCAAGCGCGCGCCUAUUAUGCAGCAUGGAACCUAGGAAGGGGCAGCAUGAAGGAGUUUUUAGCUUUUCUGGAAGACAGCCAGCUGGGAUUUACAGAUGCAUCAGAAGUUAGUGUGAGAGAGCGUAAAAGGCUAGAAGCUUGUGUCAGCAACCUAAAAGAUGCCGUAACCAUGGAGAUCAUGAACCAGAGCAUGCUUCAGCAGAUGAACCAGGCCCUGGAAAAGAAUAAAAUAAAACUGGACAACAAUGAAAAUUUCCUCUUUGAAGUUGAAGAACCGUACAAAGAGAUGGUGCCAGUCAAGGCAUCUUCUUUGUGGCAGCUGACCAACGGGGCGAUGAGCUGCCCCACAUGUCAGGAGAACUGCCACUAUCCCGCCUGUGGGUGGGUGCAGCACGCGUCCGCUUGCAUUGUGAUGAGGAACAACAGGUGCACAGUGUGUACUGGGAGGUGCCCUGCCUCCCGUCAUGUCAAACAGCGCAAGAUCUUCAGCACUGAAAAGAGGCGGGUCCUAAAGCAGGCUGUGGAGUUGAAACAACACUUUGGUGAACAGGUGGACCUUAAGAGAGCAGUUGAGAAGGAGAUGAAUAAAUCUGAAGCUAAAGUGUCGAAUUCACUGGAGAAAGCCUACCGGUGCUUGGUUAAACUGAAGACGUCUGGCUCAAAGAGGGAUUGUAUGUCCAUUCUUUCACAUCUUGAUUACUUCAUUGAGAAGACAACAGAGAUGGGAGAUGAUGACAAUGCUCAGAAAUUUAAGGAACUGUAUGAGCAAAUCCAGACUCCAAGAAGAACAAGAAGCAAGUUCUACUCUCUGUCUCUGCGUUAGAUCUACAGUCCAUCUAUCAGUGGUGAGCGGGUCAUGAGAGGCUUGUGGUCGCCUGAUAUUUAAAUUAACCUGACUGCAACCACAACUGCGUAUAUUCAUGAAGACAAAAUGAUAUCCAACCUGCAAUCUGUGCUUUUGAUUAAUGUAGCCGAACGUGCCGUGUAUUCUUACUAAUCUAUGUGAAAUAGAUUUGCAUGAACAGAAACAGAAAGCUCUCUUUUAUCACGUCAGCGGUGCCUGCAGGUCUACGGCUGUAUGCACUGUAACCUUCCAUCAGCCUACAAGCAGUGAGAGAGAAUUCCCCUGUGCGUCACUCCAGGUUGGCCUGCCAUCAUUUCCAGCCUCUUCGCAGCACUGUAGCCUAUUAACUGCAUGACAGUGGGCCAUUUAUCUAUUUUAUUUUAAAUUGUUGCUUCUCCAGUUUCUCUACCGUCUCCAUUUUCAUCCUUCUAUCACACAGGCAAGUGAUGUGGCAGGUUCACGCUGCAUCCAUUGAAGUCUUUUAGCAAUCUUUGAAAAGCAUUCGCUUAUAAAAUAUCUUAUACUGUACAUGAUAAUUAACUCGUCCAAACAAUUACCUGAAUAUCAUUUCAAAUAUGUUUUUGUGUUUUUAUGUUUAUGUGGGUCUUUGAAGUUUGUAUCUAUCUAUCUAUCUAUCUAUCUCCAUCUAUAUAUACUGUAUAUAAGGAUAUAUAGAUUCUCAAAGCCAUUUAGGUCAUGAAAAAUAUUGAGCUCACUUUUGUGUUAAAUGAUGGGAGGUAUAGGCUAAUGUUUUCAAUCAUGUA